UUACUUGAUUUUAUCAUCUCUCUCUGUGUUGGUGGGGACUGGGGAUAGCCCGAUAGAUCUCUCUCUCUGGCAGCAAUGGCGACAUCUCUGCUCUUCCCUCCCGUCUCUUCUGGUACGGUUUUCUGCUCUUCUUCCACUUGCUUCUCCAAGAGCGAGAAGUUCUCGCUUUCUAGUCUUUCUGCUUCACAACUGCUCUGCAAAUCCCAUCGACGGCACCAUUUAAAGGUCAGAGCUCUCAAAGAAACAACCAAAGAACCCAAUACAAGCCCUCCACCUUCUGCUGAGGAAAUUACGGAGAAAUUUGGCCUUGAAGUCGGUCUCUGGAAGAUAUUCAGCUCAAAAGAGGGAGGAAAGGAAGGGAAGGGAGAGAAGUCCAAGGGAGAUCAAGCCAAGGAACUGUUGGCUAAAUAUGGAGGAGCUUACCUUGCCACCUCCAUUACUCUCUCUUUGAUCUCCUUCUCACUCUGUUACGUCCUGAUCAGCGCAGGCAUUGACGUCCAGGCGUUGCUGCAGAAGGUGGGAAUCACAGCCAAUGAGACGGGUGAAAAAGUAGGGACUUUUGCAUUGGCAUAUGCUGCACAUAAAGCUGCAUCUCCGAUCAGGUUUCCUCCGACGGUAGCUCUCACUCCCAUUGUAGCCGGUUGGAUAGGAAAGAAAACCAAAAAGGAAGAGUAAUUUGUAGUUGUUAUGUUGUCAAGGAGAAUGGUUGAUACGUAUUCCUUCGGCGCUGAAGGGCACAUAAUACACCCACUGACCCGUAUGAACUGAUACGUUUCUAAAUA